ACAAGAUAAAGAGUUAGACUAUUUUUAUAUUAAGCUCAAAUAUCACUUACAUGCAAUAUUACACUAUUUUGCAAUCAAAUAAUAAGAUACAUGUAGACAAAUGGAAUAAUAACAUUAAUUACUAAUAGUAAUUUACUCAUUUACAUGCUUAAAAAAAAUUACUUAUUUACAUACACUUUGAAAUUCAACAUGGAGAUUGGUUAUCUUGAUCAAAUGACGGUGAAAAUAAGAAUAAUUGAAAAUUUCAAUUAAGAUUCCAUCCAUGAAUAACUUUAUAAAUUACUAUUUUCUUUAUCUAAUAAUUUGAGUAAUUUUUUUAUGAUAUAACAAAAUUAGUGAAAUUUUAGAGGUAGUUUUCAAAUAUAGCAUUAAAGUAUAUCAUAAAAAUAUAUCAUAUUCUUCUUAUGUAAGUUUUUAAUUGAAAAAAUUAGACAGUUAAUUAUAAUCAAUAGUUUGUCACUUUUUCUAUUUUUUAAAAGUUACUCUUAUCAGUGUUUUCAAGGAAAAGAAAAUAGAGAAUAUGUGCAUGAAAAUAAACAUAUAGAUUCCAUAAUUAUAAAUUAAUAUUUUGGGUUUGACUUUUAUUAAGGCAGGAAGUCAACCUUGUUCCCGUUCUUGUUCUUCAUCAAAAUUUUGUCCCUCUAACUUCCCCGUUCGAUUUCAUCGAUGAUGUCGCCCCCAAUUUCAGGUUCAAUUUCUUCUUCUCCGAUUCUACCGCAGCCGUUAAACCCUGAAUCUAACAUUGUCACCAUUAAUGUCGGUGGCCACCUCUUUCAAACCACCAAGCAAACCCUAGCCCUUGCCGGUUCUAGAUCUCUGUUAUCAACCAUCUCCGAUUCAUCGCAAUCCGUCGUACCCUUUAUCGAUCGAGAUCCCGAUCUCUUUUCUGUCAUCAUUUCGCUUCUUAGAACCGGUUAUCUUCCUUCCAAGGCCAAAGCCUUUGAUCUCCAAGACCUAAUUUCAGAGUCCCAGUUCUAUGGAGUCGAAUCCCUUUUAAUCAAUUCUCUCUCUAAUCCUUCUCAAUUCGAAGCUUUCAAUCUCGAGAAGUCUCUGAUUCUCCCUCUCAAUGGCCGAGAUUCUCCGUCGACGAUCGCGACAACGCCGUUUGGUUCACUCCACGUUGCUCACGGCGGCAAGAUCACCUCUUUCGAUUGGUCACUUCAGAGAAAGACAACGAUCCUAACGCAAUUCUCCGUCAUUGAUUCUCUUUUAGCGUUGUCGCCAUCGCUAGCCGCUGCUGGCGCUACCGACUUCUCUGGUUUGCAAAUCCUCAAUCUCCAAACAGGCCAAGUGAAAUCAAUUCUCAAUUGGGAGAAUGUGACUCGAUCCAGUUCCACCGUGCAAGCCAUCGGAGCUUCUUCUGAACUUCUCUUCACCAGCUUCGAAUCAGGCAGAAGAAACUCAAAUUCCAUAAUGAUAUACGAUUUACAAACCUUCAAUCCAGUCAACGAAAUCGCUCGCAACGAGAUCUACGGUGCCGAGAUUGAUUCAGCAAUCCCAGCCACAAUGUUGAAAUGGGUUGCAGGUUAUAAUCUGUUAAUGGCUUCUGGGUCUCACAGUGGACCUUCUGGAGUACAGGGAAACAUCAAAUUCUGGGACAUAAGGAGUGGGAACAUUGCUUGGGAGGUGAAGGAGAAGGUGGAUUGUUUCUCAGACAUGACUCUAUGUGAGAAUCUAUCUGCCAUUUUCAAGAUUGGUGUGAGCUCUGGUGAAGUUUAUAGUGCGGAUUUGAGAAAACUUGGAGAUGGGAAUCCAUGGGUUUGUCUUGGGGAUAGGACGAAGGUGAUGAAUGGGAAGAAAGUUGGGGUUGGAGGGAAGAUUGAGAGUUACGGAAAUCAAGUGUUUUGCAGCAGAGAAGGAGGGAGUAUAGAGUUAUGGUCUGAAGUAACAGUUGGAAAUGGAGGAAAUAAGGAAGGAGGAUUAGGGUUAGAGGAGAGAGUUUUUAGGAAGAAUUUGAUGGGGAGAAUGAAGGAUUUGGGAGGUGGGAAAGUAAUGAAAUUAGGAUUUGGUGGGAAUAAGAUGUUUGUGAUAAGAAAAGAUGAACAAUGUGUGGAGGUUUGGAAGAGUUCAGGUAAGGGAUUUUGGGAUGCUUUGUAAAUGAUAAUGAUUUGAUUGUAUAAUUUAUUAAAAUUCCGAAAUGGGUUUGUAGUAAUGUAGAUUAGUUUUUAACGAGAGUGCGUUUGAGGAAUUCGUUUUGUAGUAUUGAUGAGCUUAUAGAAGCAUUUGGGUAUUAUUGAAA